AUGGCAACCAACGCCAACACCACCGCCGCUGAAUGCAUUACGGCCUUCUCCGACAACGGAACCGUGGAGAGCUCCCGUUACUUCCACGCCCGCCGGACAGUCCUGGAGAUGCUCCGCGACCGCGGCUACGACGUGCCGGACUCCGAGUUGACUCGCUCCCUUGCCGAGUUCCGCUCGCUCUACGGCCGAAUUCCCGACGCUGAAACCCUCCGUAUCUCCGUCUCACUUCGCUCUGAUCCCUCCAAAAUGGUACUGGUUGUCUUUAUGGGACCCGUUGAUAUUAUUAAAAAACAAACUCUAAAGAGUAUACAUGACCAGAUUCCAGAUAAAGGAAAAUUGAAUGGACUGCUAGUUAUCGUGCAAAGCAAAAUGACCUCGUAUGCAAAAAGGGAACUGAUGGAAAGUUAUCCAUCUAAAGUUGAGAUUUUUGAGAUAACUGACUUGCUGGUCAAUAUGGCAAAGCAUGUGCUGCAGCCAAAGUAUGAAGUAUUGACAGCUGAUGAGAAGCAAGCACUGCUCAUGAAACACAACUUGGAAGAGAAGCAGCUGCCACUCAUGCUAAAAACUGAAGCCAUUGCUCGCUAUUAUGGAUGGGAGAAAGGACAAGUUGUGAAGAUCACUCACACUGGUGGCCUCAUUCAUUCUCUUGUCACUUAUCGCUGUGUGGUGUGA